GCUCAGCAGAAAACAUUGAUUGUGAACUGACUUUUGUGUCUUUUGCUUUAUUGUAUUUGAGACACUGAAAUGAUGCACAUGUUUUCAUCAUUACUUUUAACCAGUUGAUUAAAUAUGACAUUUAUUGAGCUCUUGAAUUAUUCUAAAUCUUUUGUUGGAGCUAAAUGACUCGUAACUGAAAAUCACAGUAAAUGGCAGCCAAUAACUCUUCAGUGCGCGUGAUCAAUGACAGGGUCAUUCUAGUUCAGGUUUUCAUAUCACUUUUCCUUUGCAUCAACUUUUUGCUGAUCACAGUCUUUUCCAUGAAGGAUUUCUUCUACUCAACCAUGCGCUACAUCUUCUUUGCACUGACUCUCAUGUCUGAUUGUGUGAUUUUAAUCCUGAGUGACUUUCUGCUAAUUUUAGCUUACUUUCACUUCACUAUACAUGUGUCAUUGUGCCUUAUUGUGUAUGUGGCUUUGUCUUUAUACGCUUUUGUCACUCCGGUGACUCUGACAGUGAUGACGCUGGAGCGCUUCGUUGCCAUUUGCAUGCCACUGAGACACGGAGAGCUGUGCUCCACACGCAGCGCUCUGCACUGCAUCCUCAUCAUUCAUGGCAUCAGCGCUCUGCCCUGCGUGGUUUUCCUCUCCAUCUUCUUUGCUUUUGCGAGCCACAGCUACUACACUCAGAGCGGUGAGUGCGCCGCACAGAAGUUCGUCCUCUACACCUGGCAGGGUCAUCUUAGGUCUGCAAUAAGUCAGUUUUACUUCCUGACCAUGGUUAUCGUUAUCAUGUUCUCAUACUUUAAAAUAAUGAAGGUGGCCAGAGCUGCAUCAGGACAGAACAGAAAGUCGACAUGGAAAGGCCUCAGAACUGUGGUUCUUCAUGGCUUUCAGCUGUUCCUCUGUCUUUUACAGCUGUGGUGUCCUUUCAUUGAAGCUGCUGUGCUUCAGAUUAACCUGGUGCUCUAUAUUAACGUCAGGUACUUUAACUACAUCAUGUUCAUUCUUUCUCCGAGGUGUUUGAGUCCUCUCAUUUAUGGGCUGAGGGAUGAAAAGUUCUCUGCUGCCCUGAGAAGCUUUUUUCUUUGUGGUUUGUAUAAGAAACAUUAUUCAAAUUAAUUUUGACUGACAAGUGAUAGCAACAAAAUAUAACAUGUCUGCCUCCCGUGAUAAUUUUUCAUUCAUCACUGUUACAAAAAUCUUGUGAUUGUGUCAACAUUAAGACCCAUUUCCUAUCCAUAUUCAUAAAAGUUAAUGCCUGUUUUGAUAAUAAAUGUUCUUAUAAGCCAGA